AUGUUUCUCUCAUGGCAGACACAGGUUCACGUCCUCAUCUGGUUUUGGGUCCUCCUCAGGAAGCAGGUGAGAGGUGUGCUGGCUGGUCUCACCAAAGAGAAGGGUGGUGCUGCCGUGGACUCAGCCUACAGCACCUACACAUCUCACUGGGGUCCAGUUCCAGACCAGAGUGUGGUGAAAAAGACGGUUUCUGACAUAGAGACAGACUUCCUGUUCCUUGUGCCAACUCAGACAGCCCUCCAGCUCCAUACUAGGAACUCCAGUGGAGCCCGGACCUACUCCUACUUGUUCAGAAUGAAGACCCGGAUCCCGCUGCUCCCUCACUGGGUGGAGGCAGAACACGCUGAAGACCUGCAGUACCUGUUUGGAAAACCCUUUUCCAUGUCUCUUAUCUACUUCCCCCGACACCGAGACCUGUCCCAGUAUAUGAUUGCAUACUGGACCAACUUUGCAAGGACCGGUGAUCCCAGUACAGGUGAGAGUAGAGUCCCAGUUCCUUGGCCCCAGUAUACUAGAAACCAUCGACCCUACCUGGCCAUCGAUCACAAGAUCAGCAAGGAUUCAGUCAGCUAUGACCUGAGGUCGGAGUACUUCACCUACUGGACCACAACCUACAGCAGGCUGCCGUCAAUAAAGAGAGAAUAAGAAAAAGAGGAAGAGGAAACCUGAGUUGUCGUCUAAAAUCAUAAUCUUAGAAACAGAACAAGCAUUAAAUGAGCCCAGAGUUUGUUGUUGUGACAAUAAAGCUGAAACCCACAGUGUGAGCUUUUUACUGACA